AUGACCGCACUAGACAUUCGAGUACCAAAACACCGAAAACGAGGCUCACGCAAGAUCAUCUCAACAAUGUCAGACUGGGACAUCAUCAGCCAACGUGAUAUCGAGGAAGAGGUCGCAACAAUUUCGGAAGAUAGUUUCGUAAUUAUCGAGGACAAUUGCAAACACCCUUUGGGCGAUCAUCCUGUCGCAGCUGAGAACGAGAGCGAGGACUGCACAGCAGAGAGGGUAUCGGAGUGGGUUGAGACCCAAAGAGAAACCAAAGUAAAAUUCGAAACGGUGCCAGCGGCAGUGCAGGAAGAAACGCAAUCGCAAACUCCAAAGAUCCAACUCGUUAGUAUCGUUAUCACAGACUUGUCGGACGCAUCAGAUAAACCAACAGAUGGCCUCUUCAGCUUCAAGCAGCAUCCAGCGACCUGGUUUAGCUACAUGAUGAGGGCUUAUACUUAUCAAAGCCUCGAUAUUAGGAUCAUGCAAAGCGUGGGUCGAAUCUACAAUAGAUUCCGGACAUCUGGCAUUCUUCAACUCAUCGUCUGGGCGAACGUAUGUGAAUGGACUUCUCUGGAAGCAACUUUCUGGCAAAAGAUCCAGCAAGCCGCAUCGACUAUGAUGGAAGACCAGGUUUUUCUAGUGAAUCUCAAGGGAGACCUACAACUCUUCCAAGAGAAGUCUGUUCUCGACGAGAAGGCUACCAAAGAUAGGGAUGGCCAUAUCUCAGGGGGCGAAGCAUACUGCUUGAUUGACAAAUCUUUUGGGUUCGAGUAUAUGUCAUUUGAGGAUGGAAAGGCCAUGGCUACAAGCAUUAAGAGAUUCAGGAUGGCAUGA